UCAGUGAGUUGGACGGGUAUUUUUGUCAACUCAGAUGGACAAACCAGACCUCUUUCCCGCCAUUAUAAAAGGUACCUGCAAGUCUGUAACAAACCUCUAAACAAAUCAAACCAACUAGCAAAUUCUCCUCCUCACUUUCUCUCAAAAGCAUGACUGCUAUUUUUACUUCAAUUUUUGCCUCCACUCUCCUCUUCGCCACUGCUUCGCUGCUCCCGCAAUCACCGCCGAGUUGCAUUGACGAGCUCGUCGCAUUCUCCUCGUGCCUCGGCUACGUCUCCGUCGCGCCAAACAACCUGACUGAUACGGCUACUUCUCAGUGUUGUGACGCCUUCUCUAAGGCUUUCAAUUCCAGAGAUGGUAACUGCUUCUGUUAUCUUAUGAGGCAGCCUCUCAUCUUUGGCUUCAUGCUUAACAAGUCGAGACUGGUUUCCUUGCCUUCUGUUUGUUCAUCUGUGAAUGGCGGCUCAGUAAUGAAGUACAGAGGAUCUCCGGAAUUGAUUUGUUCAGGAUCGCCAGCGUUGCCCUCUCUCCUGAGCACAACAGCUUCUGUGCCUCCAAAACCGUAUGAUGGCCCAGAUGUUGCGCCUUCUUCAACAAGCAUGCCAGAAGAAAAUGCAGAAACUUCACCCACACCGUUAAGUUUUACACCAGAACCUAUUGUCGAAUCGCAAGCAACACCAAAGCCCCUGCUAAAACCAAUUCCUGCUCCAGAUCCUGCCUCACUUGGACCAACUCCGCCACCAGUGGUUUGUCCAUCUCCUAGUCCUAAAGCUCCUGUUGUUCCUGAGCCAACUCCAUCCACUCUUCCACCAGAAUCCAGCAUUACACUAACCCUGACUCCACCAUCACCAACAGUGGAUACUGGAGCCCCAACAUCGACUACGGGGUCCGGGAUCCGCCAUUGGUAACUCCUCCAUUCCAUGACAUGUUCAUGCAUGAUUCAUGUCUCUGUCAUCAAAUUAAGGCCCCCAAGUUUGUUAAGUAAAGGUUGUGGAUUGUGCUUUUGCAGUUCCAUGGCUCACAAUCCUCAUGACAGAUCCAUUUUCUCCUUGAUUUCUCCUGCAUUACUAAUUAGUAAUUAUAUAAGAUAAUGAAGUACUUAUUAGACAAACAAAUUAAUAAAACCAUAAAGCUACAAACUUUCCCACUUUGCUUUAUGAGUAGUAACAAUUAGCCUGAGACAAACAGAAAAUCCCCUCAAAUGAUACUUAAAUUACAUUGAUGUUCUGAUUUUUCCCAUGAGGUGAAAUAUAUAAAUAUCUAAUAAGAUUCUGGAUUAAUCUGAUUUGUAGAGAAGUAAGAUGUUGAAAAGAAAAAGGAAAUGAUCUAAGUUAACGCA